AUGCCUAGGUAUUAUCCUACGGAAGAUGUGCCUCGAAAGCUGUUGAGUCACUGCAAAAAACCCUUCAGUAAGCAUGUGAGAAAACUGCGCGCUAGCAUCACUCCUGGGACCGUCCUGAUCAUCCUCACUGGGCGCCACAGAGGGAAGAGGGUCAUUUUCCUGAAGCAGCUGAGCAGUGGCUUGCUACUUCUGACUGGACCUCUGUCCCUCAAUCGAGUUCCUCUGCGGAGAGCACACCAGAAAUUUGUCAUUGCCACCUCCACCAAAAUUGAUAUCAGUGGUGUGAAAAUCCCAGAACAUCUCACUGAUGCUUACUUCAAGAAGAAGAAGCUGCGUAAGCCCAGGCACCAGGAAGGUGAGAUCUUCGACACAGAGGGAGAGAAAUACAAGAUUACAGAGCAGCGCAAGGUUGACCAGAAAGCUGUGGACUCACAAAUUCUGCGAAGAAUCAAAGCUGUUCCUCAGCUGCAGGGCUACCUCCGCUCUGUGCUCGCUCUCACAAAUGAAAUUUAUCCUCACAAAGUAGUGUUCUAA